GCGACAUAUCCAGCUGCUGGCCGCACAUGUGGCUUGACGACUCGUACCACUUUGGCAAUGGCAUUCCCUGCGCAUCCCCAUCUGCGCACAGCCCUGGUACCUUUCGGCAUCACUGAGCAUGUACGCCACCAAAGUCAACAGCCCACGGCUCCACGACCCAUUUCCCAUCUUUCCCACUCGCCAUACUCUUUCCACUGCUUCCCGAUCUGGUAAAGUCGUCAAGCCUCGCCGUCACAGAGCCCAGCUGCUCGUCCGUCGCCCAGGCUUUGGGGCAUGGCUAGCAACACCAGCGGCUUGCUGCUAGCACCAUGCCGCUUGGUCCAAGUUUUGAAUCAUAGCUCUAUCGCGAUGCUUUUUCAAUUUGUAUAAGUAAGACAUCCCAUCCCGCUGGUUGAAGAUCAUCAUCCAACGCACCUCACAACCUUCACUCCCAACUCACUUCCUCUACUCCAAACUCAUCCUUCAAGAUGCGCAACGUUCUCCUCGCUGUUUCCGCCAUCAGCGGUUUGGCUGCCGCCCUUCCCCAGAGGCCCAACUUUGAGGCUGCUAAGGCUCUUCCUCUGCCCAGUGUUGAACUCCUCAAGCCAAAGGUUGAUGAGAAGCCAAACGCCCCAAUCAAGUACAACCAGCCCGCUGCCGUGCAAGAGGUCAAGCAAGAUGUCAGCAACAACGGUGUGCAGACCAGGAAGCGCUCAACCUCUUGCAGCGGCACUGUGGAGGCAGGAGGUGCUGCACCUGUUCCCGGUGAUGGCUCUGCUGGUGCCUACCUUGCCACCACAAACAAUGUGCUCAAGAGCAAUGCUGAUGGAGCAACUGCUCCUGCCGGCUACGAUGAGGCUUUCAAGGGCCUUAACAAAGCCACCCAGCAGAUUGGUUACUUGACCUACAAGAACAUUGAGACUGGCAAUUACAAUGUUCAGGCAUGCGCCGACUUCUGUGAUAGCGAGAAGUUCUGCCUUGGCUUCAACAUCUACUACGAGCGUGAUCCCAAAUACGCGCCUUCCGCCUCCUGCACGGAUCCUGAGCCCCAGACCAACCUCAAGUGCGCUCUCUUCGGAUACCCCGUCUCCGCAAACACGGCUAUCAACGAUGGCCAGUACCGCGAGCAAUUCCAAGUUGUCAUUGCUGGCAGUAACGGAUACUCUAAGCGCCAAGGUACCGUCUGCAGGAAUGCUCCUGUUGUGCCCCGCUUCAAUGCACCAACCCAACUUCCCGCUGCUAUCGAUGCUCCUUACAUCACCAAGAACAACCGUGAAUACUACACCUACAAUGGCAUGCGCCUCUUCAACGAGAACCCCUAUGACCCCAGCCUUUGCGCUGCUGCUUGCGAGGCCCAGACCGCUUUCGAUAAGGAGCACCUCGUCGAUGCCAGCGGCGAGUACAGGCCAUGCAACUUCUUCACCUCUUACAUCUUGACUCAGAACGACGUUCCUCUCGGAACUUACUGCGCCCUCUAUACUCAGACCUGGGGCCCUGAAUAUGCCACCAACACUGGCUACCACUGGGAAUCCGAUGAGUACCGCACCAUUUGCGCUGCUUCAUACAGCCUUACUGCCCAAGACAGCGGCCGCAUCGCUACACCUACCAUCUAAGAGGCAUAACACGAAUUGGAUGAUGGGAUGAAACGGGGCUGUGAAUGACGGUUACUAGGACGUUACGCAUGAUGAUGAUUCAUUUUUUUGUUUAAUGAUCUAAUAUAAUGACUUUUCUAAAAUGUCUGCAUCUUCUUACUUUGGUAAUUGUGGUCAAUGGUAUUAUUCACAUGAUAGUGGCAGUAUGAACGAGC